AAAACAUCAUCACACCCACCGUACAACUAGGCCGACAACCCGUUGAUCCACAAGGUUUUGGCUUCAGACAGUGCAGGUAACACAUGUCAUUUCCUGCUCCGGUAUACACACCGAUGCUAGCCACAUGAUGUACCCCUCUGCUGUUCUACGCUAUUGUCUCCUGGUCGUUGUCUGUCUGUCCACCCCGAUGCUAGCCUGUCCUCCGUGCGAAUGUACCAACACUGUGGCGGAUUGUUCUGGAUUGGGGCUUAGACGUAUACCAAAACUUCCGGCGACGAUCAGUGUACUGAACUUCUCCAGCAAUCACCUCGGUAAUCUAUCGCUGGACACAUUUGGCAACCUCACAGGCAUCAAGAUACUGAACAUAAGUGAUAAUUAUAUAAACAAUGUUGCAAAAAAUACGUUUAGUGCAUUAAAUCGUGACAUUAUAGAGUUAGACAUAAGUAAUAAUAAGUUCUGGCGCCCGAUCGAUGUAUAUAGAGCGCUCGCCUCGACAAAUCUGCAUCAACUCAGCUUAUCCAAUACCUCGCUUCACUUUUCUAACGUCAGUGCUUUAGAACCCCUGUCUAAAGUACCACUGCGCAGACUAUAUCUUGUAGGAAAUUUGCUGAAGAUAUUGAAAGGCAAUCUAACGAAAAGUCUUCCAAAGUUACAGACGCUAGAUCUAACAAAAAAUCUGAUAACAGCCAUAUCGUUUGCUGACGUACACGAAGAGCUAACAGAUUUGGAUAUCGACGGGAACAUACUAAAGGAAUUCCCAUCUUUUUGUUUAAAGAACAAUAUAUCUACGUCCUCACUACCCCAACUACGAACACUGUCACUUUCUACGAACCUUAUCACAACGUUACAGGGCCUCAAUAAAUCAACCACAUGUCUACAAAACCUGGAAACGUUGAUGUUGGAUAAUAACCAUUUUUUUGAAUUGGGUGAAAACACAUUUGCUGGUUUACCUAAACUACAGAAUCUCUCAUUAGAUUUAGUAACCACAUCUAGGUUGACUAUACACCAAGCUGCAUUUAAUUCUACGUCACUUCGAAGCCUUACAUUUGGUAGCUUUCAGCGAGAAAUAGUAGUUGACGACUCAUUACUUAAACUGUUCGGUUUCUGUCCAAAUUUAACAUACCUAAAACUGUCGGGUGUCUCCUUUUCUAAAUGGACACAAGGUAUCAUGCGGACAUUAUUCUCUCCCUUAACGAAAUUGAAAUUUCUGUCGGUCGUUCGGACAGAUAUCACGAGGAUUCCAACGCAGUUUCUUCCUGAAAUGCAGAACCUGAUUUAUCUCGAUUUUAGAAAUAAUUAUAUUUCGUCGUGGCAGCCCAGUGUGUUCCAGAACGCUACAGCAUUAAAAACGUUGAUCCUAAGCAACAAUCAUAUUACCAAUCUCAACGAGUCUUUUCUCCCAAAAUUUCUUUGGGAAAACAUCGAAAUUCUUGACCUGUCUUUUAACCCAUUCGAUUGUUCAUGUGAAUUGUAUUGGUUCAGGAAAUGGCUGAAUGACAACUCCUUCAAAAUUACAAAAUAUCCAGAACGCUAUAUUUGCAAAUCACCUUCAGAAUACAAGGACAAACGUCUUAUAGACUAUGAUCCGUCGUACCGGCACUGCCAUCCUAUAUCUACCGUUGUCAUAGCCCUGAUAGUAUGUGUAUGUGUUUUAGUUGCUUUCGUCAGUGUAGCGGCAAUUCUUUAUCGAAACAGAUGGCAUAUCAAAUAUUAUAUAUAUCUACUACGAUCAAAUCAAAAAGGCUACGAAAAAAUUCCGGAAAACGGCAGCUUCGUCUUCGACGCGUUUGUAGCAUACAACUCAACUGAACGUAUUUGGGUAUUUUCCAAGUUAAGAGAAUUUCUUGAGAAUCAACAUGGUAUGAAAUUAUGCCUUCAUGAACGCGACUUCCGUCCAGGCAGGCUCAUAAUAGACAAUAUAGCCGAGAACAUCCGUCUGAGUAGGAAAUUGAUACUUAUUUUGUCAAAUGAAUUUGCAAAAAGUCAGUGGUGUCAGCUUGAGACAUUGAAGGCACAGGAUCGGUUCUUUAAGGAGGGAGCGUCCUCCUUGGUGCUCGUGAUGCUAGAGGAUAUAAGUUAUCGUCACAUGAACGGCCCCCUCAGCCUCCUUCUCAGGUCUAUGACGUAUAUACAGUGGUCCAGUGAUCCUGUCGCGAAGGAACUAUUCUGGAACAAGUUACUUAAUUCUCUGAGAUGAUCUCAAAUUGCUAUGUGUGUACAUAAAUUAUUUUACCAUUUUUUCUCAAUAACUAACGAAUGAUUGGAUUUCUAUGAAGUAACCCAAUAGUACACAUGAAGAGUUAUAUAUAUUCAUAUCAUUUGAUGCUAUCCUGUAUCCCUUGAAUUUUUCAACCAGUAUACAAGCUGUUUGGAUCCAGUUACUAUUACAUUAUCCAACGUUUUCCGUCUUUGACCUCUGUGUACUUCCUGGUCGAGCAGGUGUGACCUCGUCCACCGUUUUGACGUGUAGAGACACCCUGUCUCUCUCACAGUUCUUGUAGAGACACCCUGUCUCUCUCGUCCACCGUUUUGACGUGUAGAGACAACCCGUUUCUCUCAUGGUUAUUGUAGAGACACCCUGUCUCUCUCGUCCACCGUUUUGACAUGUAGAGACAACCCGUUUCUCUCAUGGUUAUUGUAGAGACACCCUGUCUCUCUCGUCCACCGUAUUGACGUGUAGAAACACCCUGUCCCUCUCACAGUUAUUGUAGAAACACCAUAUGUCUCACGUUUUGACGUGUAGAGACACCCCGUCUCUCCCACAGUUAUUGUAGAGACACCCUGUCUCUCUCGUCCAUAGUUUUGACAUGUAGAAACACUCCGUCUCUCUCACUGUUAUUGUAGAGACACCCCGUCUCUCUCACUGUUAUUGUAGAAACACCCCGUCUCUCUCACUGUUAUUGUAGAAACACCCCGUCUCUCUCACUGUUAUUUCACAACUUGAUUGGAACUGUUGACUACAAGUAGCUACGUUAUUUUCCCUAGUAAUUCACUUGAACUAACGCAUUCACAAUUCUUUCUUUACUGUAAUUAGCCCUUGGCUACUAGUUAGCCGAAGGGAUAUGCGAUAAAACCAUCAUUUUACAUAAGUAAUUACCAGUUUUCUUUUUUGUAUUUUAUAUUGUACUAUUGUUUCGUAGUAAUUAUUUUUUUUGUUUUGUUUUAAUGUAAUGUUAUGUAAUUGUUCAUGUUGAUGUCUUGAAAACGGGCGGGUUUUCUCGAAAUUCGACAAAUUCUUUUGGCUGCA